AUGUUCAGUCCCUCGCACACAUUCGCCUAUGCAGCGCUUGCCGUAGUACCUGGAAAGGUAACUCCUGACACCUGGACUCCAAAAUGGUGUGGACCGCUCGACGCGUGGGAAUGCGAGUUCUCGUCCUUACCGCAAUCGCUGCCGUCGGGCUCCCAUGGCUUGUCCUUGUUGUCCGUUCAUACUUCGCCCUCUCCCGUCUCCACCCCCUUCCCUCGCCGUCGCACAUUUCCCCUAAGCGCGCCGAGCGAUUGGGCCUUGAUAAGAGCACAUUCGCUAGCUGGCGCCUGAUUCCCUCACAUAUCCUCGCUGCAUUCUCAAGUCUGCAUUCGGAUUGGCUGUUCUCCCGUGAAUCCAGCUCCAUCCAUCCGCUCCACCUUCGUCGCCACGUCAGCAACGACUUCUUCGCGCCGCGCUUGCCUCUUCUAUCAGCGUCACUCGAUAAGUUAUCUGGCAACUCCAGCAGCCAAUCAGAUGCCGCCAGCUCAGGGGCUGAGGAACAACCCGCGAAUCGAAGUGCGCCGAGCGGGCUGUGCAUAGCGAUCACAUCUGCGCCGCGAUUGGAUCCGCAAAACCUGGAGCCGACGUGGCAGCGAGUGGUGCAGAUGCUGCAGGCUCUAGACUCGAGGAGAGUGGGAGCAUGGAGAGGGAGAGGAGAGGGGAGAAGUAACGCGGGUAGAGGGGGGAAUGAAAAAGAGGAGGGGGCAGAGAGAGUGGAGGGGGAAGGGGAAAGGGAGGGGGAGGAUGAUGUGAGUGAUGAGGAUGUGAUUGAAACGGGGGAAGAGGUGGAGAAGGCGAUUAGGGAGCUUCAGAAGCGGAAGGGGAUGGUUCUGGGGCAGGACAUGAGGAUCGUGGUGUACAGCUCAGCAUGCCACGUGGUGGACCCCGUGGACCUGCUGACUCAGCAAGGUGCGUUUGGUGAAGAGCAUCAGAAGGAAAAGCAGGCAGAGGAACAAGGUGAGAUGGAGGGAGGGAGGGAGGAUAGAGGGGUCACAGGGGGCAGGCAGAAUGGAACGAGGAACAGACGUGAGGAGGCUGCAUGGAGAGGCAGGGGAGGAGAGAAGCCAAGGAGCAGGCGGGAGAUGUUGGACGAGGCAGUGAGGCGAUACGCGGCAGGCGCUGGUGUGAGUGAGGCGUACGUCCGCCCCCUCGUGCAGGUGCUCGCUCAGGCGGCCUUUGACAGCAGCAGCAGUGUAGACAGCCACACCCAAGCCAUCCGCCACAUGGCGGCCAACCUGUCCAUCCACGUGGACGUUCUGACAGCUCAUGCUGACGUGUGCGAGUUCUUUGGGGAUGCUGGUAGGCUUCUGGCGGCUGUUCCCCAACAGAUUAUCGGGAGAGUUGGGUGGGCUAGAUGGACGUGGGAGAGGAAGGUAGCCGUGGAUUCAAUCCACGCCAUGCAUCAGUGCCUGCAUACAAACCCCAGGUUCGUCCUCCUUUUUGAAGACGAUGUCAUGCCGGUAUGGCUGUGGGACGUUGGCAUCGAGAGGUUUCUCUCUAUUGACCUCCAUGGCAAACGUCCCUGGGAUCUGGUGGCGUUGUAUACACCAUCGUCAUACGGGUGGGGUGUUACGCAUGCCGGUCUGUAUGACUUCGCGUGUUGCACUCAAGCAGACCUCUUCAGGGCUAGUGUUGCGAGGAAAGUGGUGGGUUAUGUGGAGUCGCAGUUUAUGCACAAUCCGGCAGAUGUGCUGCUGGGAGAAUAUGUGAAGAAGAGGGGAAUCAUUGGGUAUGCACAUGUGCCCUCGUUGUUUCAGCAUGCUGGAACUGUGAGGACAUUUGCUAAUUCUUAUUUCCACGAAGACAUACACUUUAGGUCACAGUACGUAAUGCAAUCUCUAGCUGGUGAAGUACAAUAGAGUUAGUAGCUGGAUUUCUGUUU